GGGCGGCGGCGCUGCCUGCUGCGUCGCGGCGUGGCCCUCCGGCGGCCGCAUCGGGCGGCGGGAGUUGGUGGCGGGAUGUACUCAGCCGGGGAGCUGCUGCGGGGCGGUGGCGACGGGGAGCGUGACGAGUACGGGGACGCGCCGGAGACCGAGCGAGAGCCCACGGCGAGCCCGCGGCGGCGCGGGCUGCAGCUGCAGCAGGAGAGUGAGCAGGAUGUUGAAGAAUCACAAACCCACAUGGGUGAGCCUGUUGGAGAUGACUACAAAAAGAUGGGGACACUUUUUGGUGAACUGAACAAAAAUCUCAUCAACAUGGGCUUCACACGGAUGUAUUUUGGAGAACGAAUCGUGGAACCAGUAAUAGUCAUUUUCUUUUGGGUUAUGCUGUGGUUCCUUGGCCUGCAAGCUCUUGGGCUAGUUGCUGUUCUUUGUCUUGUCAUUAUUUACGUACAACAGUAACCGUGGCUGAGUGAGUUGUUGUUUCACAUUUGGUCGCCACGUAUGUCAAUUGGAGAGGUUAUAUAUUUCACUUUGGGACAACCAAAACAGUUUGCCCUGUUUCCAAUUGUCUACUGGCCAUUUGUAAUUAAAUUUAUAUGUGGACAUUGUUUAAAACUAAACUCAACUCUUGAUUAUAACAGGAUUAAAUAUAUAUUUUGAAUAUACAUUAGCUUAUUCAAAACUCAUGUUUCACUUACUGUAUCUCUGUCCCCUUUAGAUACCUUUAUCCCCCUGCCAAGUCUUACCUAACACCACCAAAAAGCAAGCAGGAAAAAUAACAGAAUAUAGAAUUUAAAUCAAGCAAUAUGGUUCUUGUAAAGAGUUCUACUCAAACAUUUUUGAAGAAAAAGGAUGAAACAAGUUAAAAAUAAGUUUUACUUGGAAAACUGCUCCUCAUGUACCCCCACCAAAUUAUCUGACAUUAUUUGGGAAAUUCUUAGAUUUCUGUUGUCCCUGCUCAAUCUGAACCAAGAUAAUUAGCAUAUUCUACCUUAAUAUUGUGGUAAAAAUCAGUAAAGCUAGCUCAUUU